AAGUAAUUACAAUUGAGUGGCGCAUUUCAGUCUACGUUGAGGCGUUGAAGCAUUGAGUGUACACAGUUGGCGGUGAAACACAAAAAAAAUCAAAAAUACAUUCGCUUGUGCAUAAUUUAUUUCAUUAACUUUUUAAGCAACUAAAUAAACCAAACAAAAUGAGCUCUGCUGAAUAUUAUCCAUUCAAGUGCACCCCCACCGUCUAUCCCGCUGAUCCCUUCGAUCCCGUCGAGGAUGCUGCCAUUCUACGCAAAGCCAUGAAAGGCUUUGGCACCGACGAAAAGGCCAUUAUCGAGAUCUUGGCACGUCGCGGCAUUGUACAGCGUUUGGAAAUCGCUGAAGCUUUCAAAACUUCCUACGGCAAAGAUUUGCUUUCCGAACUGAAAUCCGAAUUGAGCGGCAAAUUCGAAAAUGUUAUCAUUGCAUUGAUGACUCCGCUGCCACAGUUCUACGCAAAUGAGUUGCAUGAUGCCAUCUCUGGAAUCGGCACCGAUGAGGAGGCGAUCAUUGAAAUUCUCUGCACUCUCUCCAAUUAUGGUAUUAAGACUAUUGCCCAGUUCUACGAGCAGAGCUUUGGUCAUUCUUUGGAAUCGGAUCUGAAGGGUGACACAAGCGGCCAUUUCAAACGUUUGUGUGUGUCGUUGGUGCAGGGUAACCGCGAUGAGAAUCAGGGUGUCGAUGAAGCCGCUGCCGUGGCGGACGCACAGGCCUUACACGAAGCCGGUGAGGGUCAAUGGGGCACCGAUGAGUCCACAUUCAAUUCGAUUUUGAUUACACGUUCCUACCAGCAGCUGCGACAGAUCUUCCUCGAAUAUGAAAAUAUCGCUGGCAUCGAUAUUGAGAAGGCAAUCAAGCGUGAAUUCAGCGGCUCUGUGGAGCGUGGCUUCCUCGCUAUCGUGAAAUGUUGUAAGUCGAAGGUUGACUACUUCGCCGAGCGUCUGUACGAGUCCAUGCAUGGUAUGGGCACCAAAGACAAGACGCUGAUACGUGUGGUGGUCAGUCGCUCAGAAAUCGACUUGGGCGAUAUUAAGGAAGCAUUCCAAAAUAAAUAUGGCAAGAGCUUGGAAUCGUGGAUCAAGGAGGAUUCACAAUCUGAGAUCGGUUUUGUGCUUGUCACUAUGGUCGCUUGGUAGACCGACCAGACGAAGAGAUUGCAACGUAGUGCGGCUUGAAGCGAGACAGCCUGCUAAAUUAAAAAUAUAUAAAAUAUGAAACAUCCUAUAUGUGCUACAUACAUACAUACAUCCAUAUAUGCUAUAAUAUUUACUGGUGUGCUAAGCAAGUUAUUGAUACAAAGAAAAAAAGUAUACAACAAAGAAUGCAAACACAAUUCGUUCGCAAGCUUUUAAAAAGCGCUGCUUUAAGUAUUUUUAACCAACAUUAAAAAAUAAAAGAAAACAGUAUUUUGUAUUUGGGUUGCUCAAAUAUUUUGGUAUUAGUGAGAUUGAGCGAUUAGAUUUGUGAUUUUUCUAUUAAAUUAAAAAUACUCAUAAUUCUAAAGAUUUUGUUUCCAAAUUUUGAAUACUUUUUUAUUACAAAUUCCAUACAUACAAACAUAAAUGCGUACAUACUUACUUAUAUAGUUAUGAACUUAUUUUUUAUUACUAAACAUACUUUAAUGCUUCUGCGAUAUGUAAAGAUGUGCAAUAAAAAAAAAUCAAAUUAUUUUAAUUCGUUUCUCUUACACUCUCUUCAUCAUAAAAUAUAUUUCAUCGCUUUUGUUUUAAAACAAAUUCCCAUUAAUGCGCUCUUAAUACGUACCCAUUUGCUAUGUUGUGUGAUUUGCAGGAGGAUUCAGACUCUGAGAUCGGUUUAGCGCUUAUCACUGUGGUCGCCUGGUAAGGGGGUUGCGGUCUAGUGUCCGA